AUGGAAAUCCCCUCACCGUCAUAUCCACAUCCACGUCCGGUACAUCAUCCUCGCCAGUACUCUUCAUUCGCCUUCGCUCUUUCAGCCGCGCCGCCCUUUCCUGCCGCAUGGCCUGCUUGGUUUCGACCUGCGAGUGAAUUCAGCGCAACGUCUGAUGGGGAUACGAAAACACCUACCGCCUUCGACAUCCCCUCGAUUACCACGGAGUUCCAUUCAUACGACGGGGCCAAAUUCAGACUCUUAACGAAAUCGUCCAGCCUACCCUUCGGCACCACCACGGUCAAUCGAUUUGUUAACGCUGCCUCUCCCUGCCAAGGCGUCCCUAUGGCCAUAGUUUUCCAUGCAGCGCUUCCUACCACUCCUCCUUCCGUCUUUUCUAGGGCGGAUAGCAGUGUUUCAAACGAUAUCCCAAACAACCCGAUUAGCGGAGACCAAGACACCUGUAAUCGCCCUCGAGCGACCAUUUGCGCUGCCUCCCGAAAGGCCCUGGAUAUCGCUGCCGAUCGCACCACAGAAAACCAGUCCAAGUUCUCCAAGAUUAACCACACCAGAUAUGUCUCCGACAAUACCGUAUCCCUCGCAGUCAGUUCCGUUUUAACGCAUGUGCUUCGAUCGCCCGACUCGUCUCCACAGGGAGACUGUUCUCGACUGUCCCAUCCCCUCACCUGCGGCCAGCCUCCGACAUUCUCCCAGCCUCCAACAACAUCCUCGCGCGUAUCACUGUCUGGAGCCCUUCCCCCCUGUCCGCUGUCCUUGCUCACGCUUUCUUCGUUCCAAUCCCCAGGCGUACCCCACCCUGCUCCCCAGUCACUAUACCCCGCGUCGCUGUUCGAUGUUUGGGGGUGUCCGGUUGUGUUGUCGUUGAUGUUGCUCAUUGUCGCUGGUCGUUCGCUGGUGAUGACGAUGUGGUAG